AUGCUCGGGGCCCUCGCGGCCGGCCCCCGAUUGGCGCGCCCUGUCGGCGACGCGGCCCUGGCCGAGGUCGGUGUGGCGCUGCUGGCGGCGCUCUCAGAGUCGCUGCCCCUCGACCCCGCCGCGCCGCAGCACCACCAGCAGCAGCCCCAGAAGCAGAGCGCCGGCCUCCUCAUCAUGCUGGCCACGAUGCUGCGCGCGCGCCCCGGCGCCCUCGUGCUCGCCGCGCCGCAGCUGCUCGCGCUCGGCCGCGCGCUCACCGCGCCCGGCCGGCUGCCGCUGCUGCUGUGGGCGCUGAGCCAGGCGGCGGAGGCGGAGCCCGCAGCGGCGGCGGCCGCGUGGGUGCGGGUCCUGCUGCCGCAGUGCGUCGGCGCGCCGCUGCCCGUCCCGGUCCCCAAGUCCGGCGCGCCCGCGGCCCCGGCGGCGGUGCCGCGGCUGGACGCUUCGUCACAGGAGGCGGCGGUGGCCUUCUUCGAGGGCCUGCUGCAGCGGCUGGGCCCCGGCGCCGCUGACGUGGCGCUCGGCGGCGGCCAGCAGGCGCCGGUCGUCCCCGGCGCCGCCGUCGAGGCGCUCGCGCGCGCCGCCGCGCCGCCGGCGCCUGAUGCGGUUGCUCCUGUCGCGGGCGGCAAGGGCGGCAAGGGCGGCGCGGCCGGCGGCGCAGCGGCGGCGGAGGCGCUGGCGGCGCGGCUGCAUGCGCGGCUCGUGGCGCUGGCGGGGGCGAGCCGGGCGGGGGGGCCGCAGCAGGGAGAGUGGCUGGUGCUGGCGCUCGAGACGGCUGGGCUGUCCUCAGCCGCGCCCGACGCGCCCGAUGCACUGACGGACCGCGCGGCCGCCAGCGUGGCCGCGCUGCUGGCCAGCCCCUCUGGCGAGGGCGCCUAUGACGUGUGGGAGUCCAAGCACAAGGGGCAGCUGCGCGGCAGCAGCCGCGUGCUGGGCGUGCUGGCGCGUAAGCCUGACCUGCUGCGCCCCGUGCUCGCCAACCGCCAGCGCGCGGAGGCGCUGCGGCGGCUGCUCGCGGCGCUGCCCGCGCGGCACCGCGCGCACCUCGCGGCCGGCAAGGGCUGGCAGGCGGCCGCCGCCAAGUCGGCCGAGGCGUCCGUCGCGGGCGUGGUCAGCAACUACGCGGGCCGCCCCGCCGCCGAGGCGCUCGACGCGUCGCUGCUCGCGCCGCUGAACCUCGCGCUCGCCCCCGCGCGCGCGGCGCUCGCGCCGCACCUGGCAAAGGCCGCCGACGCGCUCGCGCCGCACGUGGCUGCGGCGGCGGACGCGCUGUCGCCGCACCUGGCGAAAGCCGCAGAGGCGCUCGCGCCGCUGGCGGAGCAGGCGGGCGAGGCGUGGCGGCAGCUGGCCGCGCAGGCGCAGGACAUCUACACGCGCGACACGCAGCAGUGA